UUCUAUUCAACAUUUCAUGCUCCAACUCCCUACUACCAGUACUACCCCUCUCCCCAUUCUCUCUUUCUUUGUUGGGCCUUCCACCAUGAGUGACGCCGGCCUCUGCCUUCCGCCGCAGUUCCUCGCCGGAGACACCCACAGAACCCUUUCGAACUCCGAUUUCAGCUUCCCUUCGGAGUUCCCUUACGAGUUCCGAGUGUCUUCUCCGCCCUCCACGGAGACCGAGAGCAGCGACGGCGAAGAGAACUUCCUCGCCGGCCUCACUCGCCGACUCAGUCAGACCUCGCUUCACGAAGCUCGCAAGCAGUUCUCCACUGUUUCGGAGAUUCCAAGGAAGACCCGUCAGGGUUUGGUCGGUUCCCCUCAGUCGACGCUCGCCGGAAUCGGCAGCUGGUCCGGUCGGAGCACCAUUUCCGGCGAAGGAAGCCCCAACGGGUACACGCGUGUCCCCUCGCCCUCAACGACGCCGUUUGACGAAAACAACGACCCCUGGGAAGUGAUUUACGCAGUAGCAGGACAAAUCGCAAGGAUGAAGAUAAACAAAAACAACCAAGUUCCACCACAGUUUGAUUUUCACAACAAUAGAGGGUUACUCACUCAUCAUCGCCCUAACCAGAGUUUCAAUCAGCUUAACCAAGUUGUGAGAGCAAAGCAACAGUGUGGUUCGGUUUGGGGAAGGCCAACUAAGCCAAACUAUUUGGUGCAGCAGCAACAGGUUCAGGUUCAGGUUCAGAACAGAGCGCGUGAGUUUGGACACGAGAGUGUGAAUGUGAAAUGCACUCGUCCAUCUGCGUGGCCCCCUUUGCAAGUUGAGCAACAGAAUAACCGGGUACAGCUUGGCGGAUCGCGGGUUGUUAUACCCGGUGGGGGUGGGUCUUCUGUGAAAAAGGGGUGUGGUGGAACUGGGGUGUUCUUGCCUCGCCAUUAUGAAACCCCUUCUGAGCCACCUCGCAAGAAAACUGGUUGUGCGCCUGUUUUGUUACCAGCAAAGGUGGUUCAUGCUUUGAACUUGAAUAUUGAUGACUUGAACGGGACUACCCAACCGCGUUUCUCGAAUGCUUUUGCUGUAGAUUAUGAUGCGAUUUUAGCGAGGAGAAACGCGCUUCUGAUGCAACAGCGAGAAGAGGCAGCUAACUAUGAAAUUCGCCUCCCUCAAGAGUGGACUUACUGACAAAAGAAGGCACAAGUUUUCUCCUAAAGAAAUUUGAAGUAGUUUUAUUUUGGUUGUUUUGACAGAAGAAGAAAUUGGAAGAAUGUGUUUGGCUAGGUUAGGAAGAAAGGGGUUGCAUUGCAGCUUUUGGGACCUGGUUUUUAGCGGAAGGAAAUAGUGAAAGGAUAGCAGUUUUAGGCAAGGCUUCUUUUUUCCUUUUUCUCUUUUUUACCCUUUUAUUUAUUAUAUGUAAUAAGAUAGGAUAAGCGGCGUCGUUUUCUUUUGCGUUAUGGUUAUGGUGAUAAUACUGAUGGGGGCUUGAGCGCAAGGUAUGGUGUGGUUCAACUUUCCCCAAGUUUCAAGUCAGGUGUUGAAAAUUGGUCGAUUACCCAUGUGAAAAUCCCCGCUCAUUAUUAUGGUAUAUAGUAUGUAAUAAGUUUAUACUUACUAUGUAAUAAAAUUAGCUCUUCUACCA